GUGGUUACGUGUGUGCCACACAAAGAGUUGACCGCAGUCCAAAGCCGAUUAGCGCUUAUCUCUUCUGUGUCAUUCUCCCCUCGUCCACUUGAGCCUUGUCCAUGCAGUCGCUGAAGUUGUGAGCGAGCGCCAUGGAUUCCUCCUCGGCGUCUCCGGGCUUGAGGAGCUCCGCGAACGCUCCGCUUCCCACGGCGGGACGACUUUUACGCACGCCUCGGCGCCUCUGAGCUCCCACCCCACGGCGGGGAAACUUCUCCCGCGGAGAUGGCCAAGCGUUGAACGAGAAGAAAAGAACAGAACCCCCCCCCCCCCCCCCCGCCUACACCCACCCCCAAAAAAGAAAUCUGAGGCGCGUUCACGAUGCAGAAGAGCGUGCGUUACAACGAGGGCCACGCGCUCUUCCUGUCGGCGGUGGCGCGUAAAGAGGGCACCAAGCGCGGCUACCUGAGCAAGAAAACAGCCGAGAACAGCCGUUGGCACGACAAGUUCUUCGCCCUCUACCAGAAUGUCCUCUUCUACUUCGACAACGAGCAGAGCGCCCGCCCCGCCGGGAUUUACCUGUUGGAAGGCUGCACCUGCGAGCGCGCACCCGCGCCCAAAAUGUCCACUGCCGGGAAGGAAGCGCUGGAGAAACAGCACUACUUCCUCGUGGUGUUCGGCCAUGAUGGGCAGAAGCCUCUGGAGCUGCGGACGGAGGAGGAAGUCGAGUGCGACCAAUGGGUGGAGGCAAUUCAGCAGGCCAGUUAUUCUGACAUCAUUAUCGAGCGAGAGGUGCUGAUGCAGAAGUACAUCCACCUGGUGCAGAUAGUGGAGACUGAGAAGGUGGCAGCCAAUCAGCUACGCACACAACUGGAGGACCAGGACACCGAGAUCGAGAGACUAAAAGCGGAGAUCAUUGCUCUUAACAAAACCAAGGAGCGAAUGAGGCCUUACCACGUCAACCAUGAAACAGAAGAUCCGGACAUCAAAAAGAUCAAGAAGGUGCAGAGUUUCAUGCGGGGCUGGCUCUGUCGCAGGAAGUGGAAGAUCAUCGUGCAGGACUACAUCUGCUCUCCUCACGCCGAGAGCAUGAGAAAGAGGAACCAGAUUGUCUUUAACAUGGUGGAAGCAGAGACAGAGUAUGUCCACCAGCUCUACAUCCUGGUCAACUGCUUCCUCAGGCCUCUGAGGAUGGCUGCCAGUUCCAAGAAGCCCCCCAUCAGCCACGACGACGUCAGCAGCAUAUUCCUGAACAGUGAGACCAUCAUGUUCCUACAUGAGAUUUUCCACCAAGGUUUGAAGGCCAGGAUCGCCAACUGGCCCACUCUGGUGCUGGCCGACCUCUUUGACAUUCUGCUGCCCAUGCUGAACAUCUAUCAGGAGUUUGUGAGGAACCAUCAGUACAGCCUGCAGGUUCUGGCCAACUGUAAGCAGAACAGAGACUUCGACAAGCUGCUCAAACAGUACGAGUCCAACGCCGCCUGCGAGGGGAGGAUGCUCGAGACCUUCCUCACGUACCCAAUGUUCCAGAUUCCUCGCUACAUCAUCACCCUGCAUGAGUUAUUGGCCCACACACCUCAUGAGCAUGUGGAACGCAAGAGUCUCGAGUUUGCAAAGUCCAAACUGGAGGAACUGUCCAGAGUCAUGCACGAUGAGGUGAGCGACACUGAGAAUAUUCGUAAGAAUCUGGCCAUCGAGCGGAUGAUCGUGGAGGGUUGUGACAUCCUGCUGGACACCAGCCAAACCUUCGUCAGGCAGGGCUCUCUUAUCCAGCUGCCAUCGGUCGAGCGAGGCAAGCUCAGCAAGGUGCGACUUGGCUCGCUCUCCCUGAAGAAGGAAGGGGAGAGGCAGUGCUUCCUGUUCACAAAACACUUCUUGGUGUGCACGCGCAGCUCCGGCGGGAAACUUCACCUCCUCAAGCAAGGCGGCGUCUUAUCCCUCAUCGACUGCACCCUCAUCGAAGAGCCGGACGCCGGAGAUGAAGAGGCUAAAGCUGGAGGUCAGGUGUUUGGUCAGCUGGACUUCAAACUGGUGGUGGAGCCCGCCGACUCAUCUUCCUCCACCGUGGUAUUGCUGGCGCCCUCGCGGCAGGAGAAGGCUGCGUGGACCAGCGAUAUUAGCCAGUGUAUAGAUAACAUCCGCUGCAAUGGCCUAAUGACCAGCGUCUUUGAGGAGAGCUCCAAAGUUACCGUGCCGCACAUGAUCAAAUCCGAUGUGCGUCUCCAUAAAGAUGAUGUUGACAUUUGCUUCAGCAAGACCCUCAACUCCUGCAAGGUCCCGCAGAUCCGUUACGCCAGCGUGGAGCGUCUGCUGGAGAGGCUGACCGACCUGCGCUUCCUCUCCAUCGACUUCCUCAACACUUUCCUGCAUACGUACAGGAUCUUCACCGCGGCCAGCGUGGUCAUGGACAAACUGGCGGACAUCUACAAGAAGCCGUUCUCUUCCAUUCCCAUCAGGGCACGGUACCACUCAUUUGACCGUCUGUCCAUCUCAUCCGUCUGUCCCGACUACAGUCUGAAGAUCAAGAAGAUGGCCGUGGAUCAGUCCAAGUCCUUGGAGCUGUUCUUCGCCACGAACCCGAACAACCGAGGCGGCGAGCACAUGAACGACAAAUCUCCUCGUCUCUGCCGCAAGUUCUCCUCGCCCCCUCCUCUCUCCAUCUCCUCCCGCACCUCCUCGCCCGUGCACGCCCGGAAGCUCUCCCUGCACUCGCCCAUCAGCGGCAGAGUGGGCGGCCUGGACCUCACCGGUGCUCUCUCCGGCGCUAACCACAACACGUCCCAGUCGGCCGCCGGCAGCCCCACGUCGUCCCAGGCCCCCCAGACCCCGACUUCGCAGACCCCGACGCCGACCACCUCCUCGCCCCCUCUUCCUCCUUCCUCCACCUCUCCACCGCAAGAACAAGUGCCUCCGAUUCCCUCGUCUCCUGACCAGAGUCCAAGCCAGAGCACGGAGGGGGACGACGUGCCCAAGAUUGACCCUUUUUGUGGUAAACUGAGAAAGAGCAUACGCAGAGCUGUGUUGGAGUCAGUGUCACUGGAGAAAAUCAUUCCCGAGUCUCCUCAAGGCAGCGACGCAGGAGACAUGUCCCCGUGUCGCUCGCCGUCCACACCGCGACACCUGCGCUUCAGGCCACCGGGAGUCCAGUCGGGGGAGAACUCGCGCUGCGCAGUUUCUCCUGCCUCAGCUUUUGCCAUUGCCACGGCAGCAGCGGGGCAUGGCACACCACCAGUGUUCAACAACUCUGAAAGAACUUGUGAUAAAGAGUUCAUCAUCCGACGUGCCGCAACCAACAGAGUUCUAAACGUGCUGCGGCACUGGGUCUCGAAACACUCACAGGACUUUGAAAUGAACGGAGAAUUGAAGAUGACAGUCGUCUGCCUCCUGGAGGAAGUCCUCCGAGACCCGGACCUUCUGCCUCAGGAGAGGAAAGCCACUGUCAACAUACUCAGUGCCCUCUCUCAAGACGAGCAGGAUGACGCCCAGCUGAGGAUAGAAGACAUCUUACAGAUGGCAGACUGUCCCAAGGCGGAGUGUUUCGAGUCUCUGUCUGCGAUGGAGUUGGCUGAGCAGAUCACUCUGCUGGAUCACAUCGUCUUCAGGAGCAUCCCUUACGAAGAGUUCCUGGGGCAAGGCUGGAUGAAGUUUGACAAGACAGAGAGGACCCCAUACAUCAUGAAAACAAGUCAACACUUCAACGAUAUGAGUAACCUGGUGGCCUCGCAGAUCAUGACCCACACAGACGUGGGCUCCAGGGCCAGCUCCAUAGAGAAGUGGGUGGCCGUGGCCGACAUCUGCCGCUGCCUCAACAACUACAACGGCGUCCUGGAGAUUACGUCGGCGCUCAAUCGCAGCGCCAUCUAUCGCCUGAAAAAGACCUGGGCUAAAAUCAGCAAGCAGAGUAAAGCGCUGAUGGAUAAACUGCAGAAAACGGUGUCCUCGGAGGGAAGGUUUAAAAAUCUGAGGGAGACUUUGAAAAACUGCAACCCUCCCUGCGUGCCCUACUUGGGAAUGUACCUGACGGACUUGGCCUUCAUUGAGGAGGGAACGCCCAACUUCACGGAGGAGGGACUCGUCAACUUCUCCAAAAUGCGAAUGAUUUCACACAUCAUCAGAGAGAUCCGGCAGUUCCAGCAGACGCCCUACAGGAUAGAACAUCAAGUUAAGGUGACACAGUACCUCCUGGAUAAGACUCUGAUCAUGGAUGAAGACACGCUCUAUGACCUCUCGCUGAAGAUUGAGCCCAGGCUUCCUGCCUGAUCGAUAGCGGCAUUUGGACAAGCGGGAGCCUGCCAAACUUGGACCCCCCGACGAGGUCCAGGCUACCAUGUGAUCUCAAGCAAUCAAAUGAAGAAGAAGCCUGGGAAAGUUUUUGGUGACUGGAAAAGGAAUGCUGGGAACACUUUGAUCGGAGCGGCCGGACCGAUGGUCCUCAAGGGCGGCGUGAGGGAAAUUAGGUUGAAGGCUUUGAGGAAAUGGCGUGCCGUGCCGCCGCCUGCACUCGCCGUUCCUCAGUGUGGUGCCGCUCGGCGGAAGGAGUGGAUCUAUAGAAAUGUAGCAUAUAGAGAGGGCGCGACAGAUAGCGAGAUACCUGAGCUAGUGUCUCCGUGUUGUCGUCCGUGUUGUGUUGCGCCUCGUCCUUGUGCAAGAGCCGCCCUCCCCCAACCCCCAAAGUGCUUUGUCUUGACUUUGCAUGAUCUCAGCUUAGGGUGUAAAUGUCUAUAUGGCCUUCAGCUUGAUCUCUGACUCCUACCACUUAGCACUAUGCAUCCUCAGUGGGUUGGGUAUAGCAUAAAUACCUUAUCCCCUUCAAAUAUCAUGUAGAACAAGAUGUCUGGCUUUUUUUUUUUUCAUCACAGGCCACAACGUAGUUAUGGUAGUGGUACGGUUAGAUGUACAGGGGUUUCACAAUUCGGUGCACGCUCGGUACAGAAAGGGGGGGGGGGAGGGAAUGCUAAACAAAUUGCUUACCUCUCGUGCAGACGGGGACAGAUUUAAGGAGAUUUAAAAUGUAACUUCAGCGUAAAUCAUUUCUUUUUAGGAAAGUGCAACAUCAUUAGUUUGUCUUCUCUUUAAGAAAUGAACAAUGCAGAAAAGCGGUUUAUUUUUUUAUGAACGAGGCGUGUGGCUAUAGAGCAGCAGGCAGUUACACUUCCUCUUACCGAAUACGUUCUGUGUGGGAACCCUAAUAAUAGCCCCGUCUUUUUACAUAAUUGCCCCUGCAUUUCUUUAUUAUAUAUAUUUUCUGAUGAUAACUAGUUUUGAGCAGAUGUCAAGAAAUAAAUGAGGCAAGCUUUCACGGGUCACAUAAAAUGACGUGGAGGGCUGGAUCUGGGUUUGACACCUGCUGCUGUAAAAUCACCCUAAUGCAAAGUUCAUCUUUAAAGUCCCUAUAAAGUGAAAAUAAAUGUGAAUUUGGCACGCCACAGAGAAGUGUUGUUAACAAACCUGGUGAAUUUGAAUAAUGAACAACAACAAAAAAAACCAAGUAUACAAAAUGGUGAAAAAUGUCUUUGCUCUAAAACGCUGUGGAUGUGUCAGCUGAAUUCGUGAAAACACGCCACACUGAAAAAUACAUGCUUCUUCAUCUAGCAACUUUCUUAUGCCUUCGUUUGAGCCACGGAAAAUAGAAUAUAUCCCAGCGGGUCGUCGUGGGGCUGUCCACGCAGCGACGAGAGGCGCUUGUCACCAGUUAGCUUGUGAGAUAGCAGGCUUUCAGGGCUCCUCUAGACUCACCCGCGACAUCACCUCAUCGCUUAAAAAUUUAAAUCAUGACACCGAACUGUUCUGUAAAUUGCGGCAUCAAGGGAAGAUGCAUUUUUGGGGUGGAGGCAUAGCUAGCUAGCGAGCUAACUACAUGCUGUAAUGACAGAAAUGGGCCUAAUAUCUUAGCAACUUGCAAAUGUGCCAGAUAACCACUGAUUCGAACCAAGUCGCAAAAAAGGUUUUUAUAUAGUACACCGAAGUGUGUCACUGGGCACCGAUUUUAGCCAAACCCAAACAAUCAGGAACAAAAAACAAAACAACAACAACAAAAAAACCUGUUUAACGCUUAUAGCUGCACAACUCAGAACUACAUAGUUCGGUCUCUGCACAUUUUCAGCAAUUAUCUUCAAACAUGUACAGUAUAAUGUGUUUAGAAACAUCUAAAAAUAUUUGAGUUUCCCCCUUUUAAGUAAACUAGCUAUCUACCUUGCUAGCUGGAUGAUAGAUAGAUAGAUAGAUAGAUAGAUAGAUAGAUAGAUAGAUAGAUAGAUAGAUAGAUAGAUAGAUAGAUAGAUAGAUAGAUAGAUAGAUAGAUAGAUAGAUAGAUAGAUAGAUAGAUAAUGGUCAACAAUGAGAAUGACACCCCCACUAUUUUUGAAAAAAAAAAAAAAAGUGGCCUUCUUAUUCAUC